AUGAUCGGCCAGCCCAGAGUUUUCAAAGACGGGCUCACUAUAACCAGAGCUACACCUGAGGAUGUUAAAGCCAUCAAAACAAUGGUUGAUGCUGCAUAUGCCAAAUAUAUCGACCGCAUUGGAAAGCCUCCAGCCCCCAUGACUGAAGACUAUCAAGAAGUUAUCCAGUCCCGGGAGGUGUUUGUUCUGAGAGAGAAGAUCAAAACAGUCGGCUCCAUUGUGCUUAUGUAUGAUGCCGACUCAUCCUCGGCCAAAAUCGACAACUUGGUAGUAGACCCGAUGAGCCAAGGCCGAGGGUAUGCACGAGUCUUGAUGGAGUACGCAGAGGAGAUCGCAAAUUCCGAAAACCUCUCGGCACUGACGCUUUAUACCAAUGUUAAAAUGUACGAGAAUUUGGAAAUAUACCGACGAAUGGGCUUUGAAGAAAUUGGAAGAAGAGAAGAAGAUGGUUACGACCGCAUUUACUUUCGCAAGAAUUUGAGUAAAUACGCGGGAGAGAUCAAACUACAUUAA